AUGAAUCUAGGAAAAAACCCACGAAAUGAAAAUGUUAGGACAGCGAAUGCAUUAAGUAGUGGUAAGAUUUUACCUGAUCCUUAUCCCCAAACAUUAGAAGAAAAAGAAAACGUGGACAACCCAAAACAAAAUCAAAUAGGAGUAGAAGAGAAUUUUAUAGAUUCUACCAAGGAAAUUUCAAAAGAGAGGACAACCAUUCCAUUUUCUAAAGCUCUAGAGCCUAGACAAAGAAAGAAAAAGGAACACAAUGAAGAAAUAAAGAAAAUUUUACAAGAUGUGCAAAUUAGUCUUCCUUUACUCACUGCCAUUGAACAUAUUCCUGAAUAUGCUAGAGUUUUGAAAGAAAUGUGUACACCAAAAAGGGCACCUAGAGUAGAAAAAUUAUCUAUGCAUGCUAGUGCAUUAUUAUUAAAUCAAUUACCAUAUAAAUUGAGAGAUACAGGUGCCCCUUUAAUUUCAUGUGAUAUUGGUGGAUCCAUUUUUCAGAAUGCAUUACUUGACAUUGGUGCUAGUAUUAAUUUAUUACCUGCAAGUAUUUGUGAUAAAUUUAAUAUUUCUAAUCUUAAACCUUCUACUGUUACCUUACAAUUUGCUGAUAGAUCCAUAAAAUAUCCUAAAGGUAUUUUAGAAAAUGUGAUAGUGACAGUUAAAGGGUGUAAAUUUCUAGCUGAUUUUGUAGUGCUGGAAAUGGAUUUUAAUGGACAGUUUUAUGAUACGCCAAUCAUCCUAGGGAGACUAUUUUUGCAUACAGCAAAGAUGAAUAUUGAUUUUCCCACAGGUAUUGCAAAAAUUUCAUGUGGAGAUCAAUCAAUAGAAAUUAAAAUUUUUGAGGUAUCAAAUGAUCUUAAGAAAUCUCAAGUAUAUGAUUGUCAUACCAUAGAUCUUCUAGAUGAUUUUGAUGAUCCAGAUGUUAUUGAUGACUGUCUGCUGGAAGAAUUAGAGGAAAUAGAGAAUAUAAAUUUAGAAGAAAAGAAAAAGGAAGAUCAUCUGAAUUUAGAGUUGAAACCUCUUCCCUCUAGUUUAAAAUAUAUGUUCUUGGAGGAAAAUAAUUUAUUUCUUGUUAUUAUUGCAGCUGAUUUGAGUGAUGAACAGGAAGAAGAAUUAAUAGAUGUACUUCGAAAAACUAAGAAGGCUAUGGGCUGA